GUGAAAUAUUCGUAUUGUAGCAAGUAGCAAGUAGCAACUCCCAGAUAGUGAAUUCCCAACUUGUAACUUGUAAACACACAAAGCAUUGUUAACCUUCCAGGAAUGAUCAUUUCAUUAAAAAUAGAACUGGUAUUGUAGUAAAUUGUUUAUGUAAGAACCCCAAAAUAUACAGCUUUAUUAACAAACAAAAAGAACUGUUCUUUUAUGUAUAGUUAGUUGGUUUUUUUAUCAAGAUCGGACUCAUAUAAUAAGUUAAUAACCAAUACUUUUUAAGGUGCAGAAUGAAACUGCAACCCCCGCGAGCUAAUGUGAAAUAGUUAACCUUCUCUUUAUUUUUCCAUGUUCGUUUACUCAGUAUGUGAGAUUCACCAUCCAUCGGGGAUGAUCGAUGUGUUAAUUUUGGAAGAUUCAAACUACUUAUUCACUAAUUAAUUAAUAUACAAUCACUACUUAAUAUUUUUAUAUGUUUUUGGCUCACUUAAUAUUAAACAUCCAUCGUUCUACAACUUAUCUCAAACAUGUUUAAUCAUAUAAUAUUUUUUAAAUAAGCAACCAAAAAGAUAAAUAUACAUAGUGAUAUAUAUAACCAAAUAAAUAUCUUUUGUUUUUUUUACAUUUUUUUUUAAGAAUACAUGCAUCAUUUUUUUCUUCUAUUGGGAGAAUACAUGCAUCAAUAUUGAUUAUCAGAAAUUAAGAUUUUACAGAAACGUUGUCCAAACAUUUAUUUUUCAUCUUUGUUCCCAGCUUCUCACUCUCGUUUUAAUUACUAUCGGUGUUUUGACUAUUAAUUGUCUUGUUUGCCAUUUUUGGUUUAUUAUAGUCGUUUUGUUUUUUCUACUACUUGUUUUUUUGUAACUUAGAAAAAAUGUUAAACUAAGUCUAUUAAAAAUACAAACCUAACCUUCGAAGGGAACGUGCAUUCCAACAGAUAGAUUCUCUUCCGGAUAUUCAAAUAGACAAAAAAAACAGUAGUCUAUAUCCGCAUAGGAUGACCAAAAAAAAUGUAACUUAGUUUUGCAUGACAGAUAAAUCGAACUUGAAAUGUUAUGACAUUCCAAACCGUUCUCCUUACCACUUGGCGACCAAGCUUCGUUCUCCUACUUUUUUCGUCAAUAACUUUUGUUAAAAACUGAAAAGAAUGUAAACACAACUCAAAAAGAGAAAUAAACAGCUUAAGAAAACAUAGAGCUAACGUAUUCAGCCAUAGUUGAUGGAUGAGGUGAUAAGACUUGAAUAAAAAGGUUUAAGUACUUUCACGCUUGUGAAUUUAUCGCGCAAGAUCAAGAAACGAGGAAUAUGCUAUAAAGAAGGUCCUUCAAAAAUGAAGUUUUCCACGUGGCAAUCACGAGCAUCGUUGAUCAGUCAUGUGCCUACGAAGUACCAACGACAAAAGCCAUAUAAUUAUAAAAUUAUUUUUGCUUAAAACUAAUUAGCUCGGCUCCACGGCAAUCAGCAAACGGAAAAUUACGUAAGACGGUUGACGUCAUCUCCCUGACGUCAUUGCCUCCGACCUUAUUAAAGUUAGAGGCUAAGAAGUAACCAGCAAGUUAUAUACACUACAAAUAUCACCAUGCAAUAAGAUAUUAUAGCAACUAUUACAUCUCGACAUUGGUUGCUAGAAUAUUCGAGACUUUAUAAUUCUAAAGUUUUGUUUAUAAAUUCAAAAUAUAGGUAACAUAAGGUGCGCGUCCUACAUGGCUAUAAAGAAAAGUCGCACUUUACAUGUUUCACAAGCUUUUAAGAAUAGUUUAGAAUUUUGUUAAAGAGAGUUAAUUAAUUAACCACUGGCUCGAAAAAAAAAAAAAACUAUCAGUGAUGGUAAGUUGGUAACAAUUUAUUGAAUUUCUUAAAAUGCGAUAGGUGCUUGUUUAUAUAUUAAUUUGGCGACGCAUGCAAAGGUUGGUGUUUGACCAUACUUCUUUUCUUUUAAAGACUACUUGCAGUGCCCUAUAAGGCAUUGAGUAUUACUUUUAGAAAUAAAUAACCAUGGAACUACUUGUCCUAUAAGCAUAAGAUCCGUAAAAGAUCUCUUUAAGUGUUAAAUUUUUCAUGUUAUAAUACCAAAAACGGUUGUCACUCUUUUGAUUAGGCCAAAGUUCGAAAGACUCAGGAGACAUGGUCAUAUAGUAAUUUCAUUUGCAGCAUACAGAUCCAUGAUUAUAAACAAAUUGUCAACUACGAAAAUAGUAAUUCCUGCAAUUUGAUACAUUUAGCAUGAAUACUCAUGAAUCAUGAUGCCUUUAAAACUGUAUCUAAAUAUUUGACCACUUUCGUGAAUAAUCAAUAUUACGAUUUUUCUGUGUACCGCGACAACAUUAUAUUACGAUAUAAAGUACUUGGUAUUGUAGUCUGUAGAAAAACAGGUGAAAGCUUAAAAUCAUUAAUAUUGUUAACCAGAGCUAGGUUUUUGGUAAGAUUUUGAAACCAUUUUUUUGUCAAGAAUGUGAAUUUAUUUCUGAUGAAAUAGCAAGGAGAUGCAAGAAAAUCCUGGAUCUAACCUGCAUACAAGCAAAUUCUAUCUAAGAAUCCCUAAAAAAGAUUUUUUUUUAAAGACUCCUAGAAAAUAUAUUAGGUUUAAUCCUAAUCAAAAGACUUGGAUUAAAGGUACGCAAAAUAUUUCGAUUUCAAAAGAUUUUGAAACCAUCAUCUAUUGGUUCGCUUGCUAGCUAAAUCCACUCAGGAUCUAGCUUUUAUCAAAAGUGAUUAAUUAGUGUAACAUUAUUGUCAAGGGACCCGUGACCUUAAACUCGAGGAUUUGAUUGGACAAACUUCAAAGAAAAUCUGUAAAACCUUUUUAUAAUCUCUUGUACGCUGUUUUUCCAUUAAUUCGGAUAAUUAUGUUUUUUCCAAAAAUUAAAAUUCAGACAUCUUGGUGUAUAAACAUUAAUGAAUCUUUGGUUAAAUCACUGUAUCAGGGGGCUUCCACAUCUGUAAAACCUUUAAGAUGUGAAAUAGUAAUAAAUAAUACUAAUACUAAUAAAGAAAAACACUUGUCGUUGUAGUAAUUCCAUUCAAGAAGUUUCGUUGAAUCAGCGCAUGAUAGUAGCCAUAAAUAUUAUUUUAUCACUUAUUUAAAUGCAAAGACACUUUGGUGAUGUUAUAUUAUUUAUUUGAUUUUUUCCCUUAGAUUUUGGUGUAUAUAUAAACAGUAUAUAUGUGCUUAACAAGAUCCCUCCUCCUCCUAGUUCAACAACGCCAAGAAACACUAAACAACAUUCUUGAAAGAAAAUGAACUACCCUUCAAACCCUAACCCUAAUUUCAUAGAUUUCCCUAUAACUUUCACAUCCGAUGAUUAUGAUGAUGCUUUUCAGAUGAUCAUGGAACAAAUCAGCCUCGAGGAUCACUCACCCACCUUGAGUUGGACUUCAUCUGAGAAAUUACUGGCUGCAGAAGUCACAAGUCCCCUUCAAACAAGCCUAGUUACCUCACCUAUGAGCCUUGAAAUAGGGGACAAAACUGAGAUCAAGAAGAGGAAGAGACACAAAGAUGAUCCGAUUAUUCACGUGUUUAAAACGAAAUCUAUUGAAGAAAUUGCUUUAGAUGACGGAUUUAAAUGGAGGAAAUACGGCAAGAAACCGAUAAGGGGCAGUCCAUUUCCGAGGCAUUACCACAAGUGUUCGAACGCCAAUUGCAUCGUGAAGAAGAAGAUCGAGAGAGAUACGAGCAAUCCUGAUUAUGUGUUGACAACUUACGAAGGGAGACAUAAUCACCCAAGCCCUUCUGUGGUUUAUUGUGAUUCAGACGACUUUGAUCUUACCUCUCUCAACAUUUUGUCUUUUCAGACACGUACUUAUAAAUAUUCACAUUCAGCUCCAUGACCAUACUUAAAAGUCUGUGUGUCCAGAUGUGUAUAUAGUGUAAAUAUUCAUCGUAAUCACGCAUCAUAUGUAUCCGCUUGUACUUGGUUGGGUCGGUUUUGUAAUGUACUGAAUUGGGGGGUGGGUAAACUGGAAAUCAUCUUGUAUGCGCAUGCAUUAUGAUAGUAAAUGUUGUAUAUAAAUAUAUUAACUGAUUUGUAGAUAAGAAUCACUUAGUUCAGUUUAUAAAUGUCUUGGUAUCUUUAUUCUUUAAGUUAGCAAAUUGAAUGUAAACAAACAAAAAAUUGGUGUGGGUAUAGCAUACAUAUUAUGAUAUUAAGACGAAGGAUUCAAACCGUUCAUUUCAAUUCUACCACAAAUACUUCUUAUGUAAAUCAUUUUAAACAUAACUUGCAGAGUGUAACCAAGUGAUGGUAAUCUAGUGGCAAUCUCUUAGGCUUCGUGUGUACUCACAUCAGUUAUGGGUUCGAUUUUCUCUAGGAACUAAAUUAUCACUACCUGGUCAGUCUGGGUUUGGGUUUCUGCCCAAAUGAUUUACAUGGUGGGCCAUAACAGAUGAUUGAUCCACCUCCGACUAUUUCAAACUCGGAUCAGACUGUGUGAUACGCUUUCGGACUAGUCCACUUUGUAGUACUAAGUGCGUUCCUCCCGGACCGACCAGAUCAGCCGAUAGGAUUUAUCAAAAAAAAAAACUAGCAGAAUAUGAUAGUUAGAAAAGUGUGCUAGA